CCCAGCCCAAUAUGUAACCUACAUCUCAGCCGACCUGUCACUCCCUCUGUGGUAUCACCGAUAUCAUUUCACAUCGGCAGAGAUUUCAUACCCGCUUCCAUUGAUACCCGGGUAGCCUGUUCCUGGAUAAUUAGAUUAACAGAUCCCAUCUACUAUUGAAUCACUUUCGUCGAUCUACAGCAGAAAGACGCAAAGUACCGAAGAUCUUCCAUCGGUUUAGUAGCGAAAUCUCCAGAUCGAAGGGGUUAGGUCACACUUUGGGUGAGCAUAGAGGUUCCUUAUCUUCACAAUGGCAGAUACUCAACAAGAGCAUGACAAGAACAUUGAAAUAUGGAAAAUGAAGAAACUGAUCAAAGCCCUACAGUCUGCCAGAGGAAAUGGUACCAGCAUGAUCUCACUCAUCAUACCACCGGGUGAUCAAAUAUCCCGAAUUACCAAGAUGUUGGCGGAAGAGUAUGGGACCGCAUCCAACAUAAAAAGCAGAGUGAACCGUCAAUCCGUCCUUGGUGCCAUAACGUCAGCCCAGCAAAGACUCAAACUUUACAACAAAGUUCCCCCAAACGGACUCGUCCUCUACACGGGAACCAUUGUGACAGAUGAUGGCAAAGAAAAGAAGGUCACCUUUGACUUUGCACCUUUUAAGCCCAUAAAUGCUUCUUUAUACCUUUGUGACAACAAAUUCCACACUGAACCACUCGGUGAACUCUUGGAAUCUGAUGAGAAGUUUGGUUUCAUCGUCAUGGAUGGGAACGGGACCCUCUUUGGGACCCUAAGUGGCAACACAAGAGAAGUUCUUCACAAGUUCACUGUGGAUCUCCCAAAAAAGCACGGAAGGGGAGGGCAAUCGGCUCUCCGGUUUGCCCGUCUUCGGAUGGAAAAACGUCACAAUUACGUCAGGAAGGCUGCAGAACUUGCCACACAAUUAUUUAUAAACCCCGCAAGUAAUGCGCCAAACGUGGCCGGGUUGAUUCUCGCAGGGUCUGCAGAUUUCAAGACUGAGCUAAGCCAAUCAGACAUGUUUGACGGCCGGUUACAAUCCAAGAUCCUUAAUGUGGCUGAUGUGUCUUAUGGUGGGGAGAAUGGGUUCAACCAAGCAAUAGAGUUGUCUGCGGAGAUUCUGUCAAAUGUGAAGUUCAUACAGGAAAAGAAACUGAUUGGGAAGUUCUUUGAGGAAAUUAGUCAAGACACUGGUAAGUAUGUGUUUGGGGUGGAAGACACAAUAAAAGCCCUAGAGAUGGGAGCUGUUGAGACGCUUAUUGUUUGGGAGAAUCUUGAUAUUAACCGUUUUGUGAUGAAAAACAGUACGACUAACGAGAUUGUUGUUAAACACAUGAACAAGGAGCAAGAGGCUGACCAUAGCAACUUCAAGGAUGCCAGUACAAAUGCUGAGCUGGAGGUCCAAGACAAAAUGCCACUUUUGGAGUGGUUUGCCAAUGAGUAUAAGAAUUUCGGUUGUUCUCUUGAGUUCGUUACAAACAAGUCUCAAGAAGGGUCUCAAUUUUGUAGAGGGUUUGGUGGGAUUGGAGGAAUCCUUAGGUACCAGCUUGACAUGCGUGACUUUGAUGAGCCAUCUGAUGAAGGAGAAAUGUUUGAGGAUUCUGAUUAAGUUCUUUUACUACAGAAGAUUCACAAUGAGAUAUUUCUGGCCUUUGGUCAUAAGAAUCAAACAGUGAGUGUAUUUCGCUCUUCUGUGUUGUAUUUUUCUUUAUCAUUCCCAACUCCUAAGACCAGCAAUUAGGCGAGUCAGGAUGACUGAAGACAACUUGUGUGCUAUUUAUCCCUCUUUUUUUUUUUGUUUUACAGCUUGUUAGGCAUUUAUUUUACUAUAUACUGCUGCUUAUGGCUUUAUGACGUUCUAUUCUGUCAUAGUCUGUACUUCAUUAUGUGGUGGAGACAUCAGACAUGCAUUUGAGUCUUGUUUUGCCCUAAAUCGAUGCGGAAAUCUAAUAUUACUUGUACACAAGUGUUUGUCUUAACGGGGUAUUUGGUUCAUGUAAUUUCACGUUACCAUGAUACCUUAAGAGAAGUUACGAGAUUACCUGGUUCGAUACCAG